AUGGAUGGUACCCAACUCCAGGACGUGCUUCAAAACGCGUACAACAGCGACAUCGACCUCCUCCCAGAUGAUACGCCGACCAGAACCAAAUACAUGGACAACGCAGUGGCACGACCGGAUCCAACUCCGUGGACGUAUGCCAAUGGAGCUGGCGAUCCAGAAGACAAGAAAAACUGGAAACUGGUUGCGAACUCGAUGCCUGCGGCACCGGCAAAACGACCACGACCAUCACGCUCCUCUGAGCUCACGGCCAGAUUAGGCGAUGCCUUCACCAUCCUACUGUUCCAUAGGAACUCGGCGCACACCUCAAACUAUAUGCGGAAGACGCUCACGGUGGACACACUCGAUGAGCCCAAGGCGCGCCUUGAGGCGCCUGACGAUCGCGACGUGCAGACGUCCAGAACGAUAGUCCUCUCUUCAUACAGUACAUGGGGCACAUGGGCCACCCGCACCGUGUUCGAAGUGAGCAAGGGCCGGUGGGUGGACGGCGCGGACGACCGUGACGACGAAACCCCGGAUGACAACACGUUAGCAAUCGAGCAGCUGGCGUCGUUACAGGAGGCCGCGGAGACUGAAGCCGCUGACGAAGGCCACGCGGCCAAGACCAUCCGGAUCAGAGUCCACCAGGCCGUGGCUCGGCUCGAAGCACAGCAUGUUUGGUUCCUAACCGCAACUCCACUCUACAACUUUGACAUGUGUGGCUACCUAGCCAUACUGUAUUCGGGCCUGCGCCGCUUGGAGAUCAUGGAUGACGCUGUUGACGAAGCGGACUGGUUCGCGGAGUAUCAGCGAUACGCGAAUAUGCUGAAACUACCCUCUCCGCCCCCGUACCAGUUACUCCAGCCAAAGGCCUUUGUCAGCCUGUUCAGCCGAGGGCCGAGGCCACCUGGCCCUGCGCGACGCAGACUGGGCAUCGGUUCAAGGUGUACAUAUGGCUGA